AUGGAAGGAGUGGCAGAAGAUGAGGGAAGAAAACAACCACAGCAAGAUGUUAAAGUGCCUAUCUACAAGCUGUUUGCUUUUGCUGACAGUCUUGAUAUGGUGUUGAUGGUCAUUGGUACCAUAUCUGCCAUAGGAAACGGCAUGUCGCAGCCAUUGUCGAGUGUCCUCUUUGGUGAGCUUAUCACCUCCAUCGGUUCCUCCGAGACAUCCCAAAUCCUUGACCAGGUUUCAAAGGUUGUUUUAGACUUUGUAUAUUUGGCAAUUGGUUCGGGCAUUGCUUCAUUUCUCCAGGUAUCAUGUUGGAUGGUUACCGGAGAAAGACAAGCCUCACGCAUUCGAGCAUUGUACUUGAAAACAAUACUAAGACAAGAUAUUGCCUUCUUUGACACUGACACCAAAGCCGGAGAGUUUAUUGGGAGAAUGUCAGGCAACAUAAUUCUCAUUCAAGACGCCAUGGGUGAGAAGAUAGGUAAGUUCAUACAAAAUAUUUCGACUGUACUCGGCGGAUUCAUCAUUGCGUUUGCAAAAGGAUGGGUUCUUGCAUUGGUCUUGCUUUCAUGCAUCCCUUGUCUAGCCAUUGCUAUUGCAACUAUGGUGAUCGUAAUGAUGAAAACGUCAAACCGUGGACAACUUGCUUAUGCAGAAGCUGGCAAUGUAGUAGAACAAAUAGUGGGAGCCAUUAGAACAGUUGCUUCCUUCACUGGGGAGAAACAAGCAAUUGACAAGUACAAUAAGAAGCUUGAGGUUGCCUACAAAAUGUCAGCUAAACAAGGGCUAGCCACUGGGUUAGCAAAUGGUUGUUUUCUUGUAAUUUUCCAUGGAACUUAUUCACUUGCCAUUUGGUAUGGUUCCAAAUUGAUUAUUGAGAAAGGUUACAAUGGAGGAACUGUGAUUAAUGUGAUGUUUGCUAUCAUGGCUGGUGGACUUGCAUUGGGAGAUAUAUCUCCAUCUUUGAAUGCAUUAUCUUCAGGGCAGGCUGCAGCUUAUAAAAUGUUAGAGACAAUCAAACGAAAACCGAAAAUCGAUGUUUAUGAUACUAAUGGGAUUGUGUUGGAAGACAUAGAAGGUGAGAUUGAAAUUAAAGAUGUGCACUUCAGAUAUCCUGCUAGGCCAGAUGUGGAGAUCUUUGCUGGACUCUCAUUGCAAGUUCCUAGUGGCAAAACUGCUGCCUUAGUUGGGGAAAGUGGGAGUGGGAAAUCAACAGUAAUAAGCCUACUAGAAAGAUUCUAUGACCCAAAUGCUGGUGAAGUAUAUAUAGAUGGUAUUGAUUUGAGGAAAUUUCAGCUUAAAUGGAUAAGAGAGAAGAUUGGCUUGGUUAGUCAAGAACCAAUUCUAUUUGCGACUAGUAUAAAAGAAAAUAUUGCAUAUGGAAAAGAAAAUGCUACUGAUGAGGAAAUAAGAACCUCAACUAAGCUUGCUAAUGCAGCAAAAUUUAUUGACAAGCUUCCAAAGGGUUUGGAGACAUUGGCAGGUGAUAAAGGAACACAGCUAUCUGGUGGACAAAAGCAAAGAAUUGCAAUUGCAAGGGCCAUUUUGAAGAACCCAAGAAUUUUACUUCUUGAUGAAGCAACAAGCUCUUUGGAUACCGAGUCUGAACGGAUUGUUCAAGAUGCACUAGUAAGAGUUAUGCAAAAUCGAACAACUGUAGUUGUUGCUCAUCGUCUGAGAACAAUUAGGAAUGCCGACAUUAUAGCUGUGUUGCAUCAAGGAAAACUUGUGGAGCAAGGAACUCAUGAUGAGUUGGUCAAAGAUCCAGAAGGAGCUUACUCCCAACUAGUUAGCCUACAAGAAGGAGCAUAUGAGACCGAAGACAUUCAAGCCUCCAUCGUCCACGAGAGAAAUACAAGUUUUGAUAUGGAAAAUAACACCAUGGUAAGGUCAGGAAACCAGAGAUUAUCAUUAAGGAGUUCUAUAAGCACAGGUUCAAUUGGAGAUGAAGAAAGUAUCAUAAGAAGCAAAUUUGAUCCUCAAAAGAAAAGAAGCAUUCCAAUCAAACGGUUAGCAUACCUAAACAAGCCUGAGGCUCCAGCCUUGCUGGUUGGAACAAUUGCUGCAGGCAUACAAGGUGUAAUGCCCGCUGUAUUUGGCCUUCUACUUGCAAAUUCCUUUGAAAUGUUUUUCAAACCCCCACAUCAGCUAAGAAAAGAUUCCAAAUUUUGGUCACUUAUGUUUUUGGUUUUGGGAUGCAUUGCACUUGUGCUAGCUCCCAUCAAGAAUUUCUUCUUUGGAGUUGCGGGUGCAAGAUUGAUACAACGAAUUUGUUUGUUGACUUUCAAGAAGGUUGUUCACCAAGAAAUCUGUUGGUUUGAUGAUCCUACGAAUUCCAGUGGUGCAAUUGGUGCAAGGUUAUCUUUGGAUGCUUCGACAAUGAAGAUUCUCGUUGGCGAUGCCUUGUCCCUACUGGUCCAGAGUACAGCAACUGUCAUGGCAGCAUUAACCAUAGCAUUCACAGCUAACUGGAUAUUAGCAUUCAUAGUUCUGCUUGUAUCACCCAUCUUACUUAUUCAGGGAUACAUUCAAAAGAGAAUCCUAAGAGGGCUUGGUGCUGAUGCCAAGGCUAUGUAUGAAGAAGCAAGUCAAGUGGCAAAUGAUGCAGUUGGCAGCAUUAGAACUGUUGCAUCAUUUUGUUCUGAAAGCAGAGUGAUGGAAAUUUACCAGAAGAAAUGUGAAGCCACCAUGAAACAAGAAGUAAAGUCGGGAUUAGUAGGUGGUGUUGGUUAUGGUGUGUCUUCCUUUUCACUCUACUGUAUGCAAGGAUUGAUUUUCUACGUUGGAGCUGUCCUUGAGAAACAUGGAAAAGCCACAUUUGGAGAAGUUCUCAAGGUUUUCUAUGCUUUGGCAAUUUCAGCAAUCGUGGCAUCCCAAAAUAGUGGCAUGGCUAAUAACAUCAAUAAAGCCAAGGAUUCAGCCGUUUCAAUCUUUGGAAUUCUAGAUCAAAAGCCUAAAAUUGAUUCAAGUAGCAAUCAAGGCACAACACUACCAUCUAUUGUCGGAAAUAUUGAGUUUGAACAUGUGAGCUUUAAAUAUCCAACACGCCCCGAUAUUCAAAUAUUCAAAGAUUUAUGUUUGAAUAUCCCCUCUGGUAAGACUGUUGCUUUGGUUGGAGAGAGUGGAAGUGGGAAAUCAACAACAAUAAGUCUAAUACAAAGAUUUUAUGAUCCUGAUUCAGGUCGAGUAAAACUUGAUGGAAUUGAUAUCCGAAAGUUCAGAUUAAACUGGUUGAGACACCAAAUGGGAUUGGUAAGUCAAGAACCAAUUCUCUUCAACGAAACAAUCCGCGCGAACAUAGCUUAUGGAAAACAAGGAGAUAUUGUUACAGAGGAAGAGAUCAUUGCAGCUGCAAAAUCAGCAAAUGCACACAAUUUCAUAUCUUGCUUACCUCAUAGCUAUGAAACUUCUGUAGGGGAAAGAGGAGUACAAUUAUCAGGAGGACAAAAGCAAAGAAUAGCCAUUGCAAGGGCUAUAGUGAAGAACCCCAAAAUAUUCUUGCUUGAUGAAGCUACAAGUGCACUUGAUGCAGAGUCAGAGAGAGUAGUACAAGAUGCAUUAGAUAGUGUUAUGGUGAGCAGAACAACUGUUGUUGUUGCUCAUAGACUUACCACAAUCAAAGAGGCUGAUAUAAUUGCAGUUUUCAAAGAUGGUGUGGUUGUUGAGAAAGGAACACAUGAAAAUCUUAUGAAGAUCAAUGAUGGUGCCUAUCGAUCAUUAGUGGCACUUCAUAUGAAUUCAACAUAAGAACCAAUUAAG